AUGCUCUGGAGAAAACGCAGUGAGUCUCGUCUCUGGCGAGCCAUUGCGAGAAUUAGCCUGCUCGGAAGACCGAGGACUGCUUGCGAGUUUCGACAUUUCGUCUUGACUCCUGUCACGAGUCAGGAUAUAGAUAUAUACGAGGCUGCUGGAGGCGAAGACGAAGAUGAGGAUGAGGAUGAAGAGAAGAAGAAGAAGAAGAAAAAGAGGGCGGAAGAAGGACGAGGAGGAGGUUUAAGUAGACUCGACGGCGGGAGGAGGCUGGGAGGGCGGCGAGCAAAGGCGGAAGCGGACGUCGAACCCCUCUUUUUUCUGCCAGCUGCCAGCCCCUCCUUUUUGAGCAGGAAAGAGGAAGAAGAGGAGGAGAAGAGGAGGAGAAGAGGAGGAGGAGAAGAAGAAGAGAGUGCAGGGAGAGUGCAGGAAGUGUCUGCUUACCAGGCACUGUUCAGCGAGAAGGAGGGGGAGGAGGAAAAGGAGGAACACAGAAGGGCGGAGACAGGGCAUAGACAGCGAGGACGCAGGCAGAAGGCAGUGGAAGCAGAAGAAGACGAAGAGGAAGAGGAAGAGGAAGAAGAAGAAGGAGAUGGAGAUGGAGAUGGAGAAGGAGAAGAGACUUACUUUCUGGGAGUGACAGAGGCCCAGACAGUGACUGUAUAUUCCAGGGAUCUAGUGGCUAGACACACUAGAGAGGAUAUAUGUGUGUCAUCUGUUAUUAUCCAUAUUAACUAUUGGUAUAUAGAGGAUAUCAAAUAUCUAGGAUAA